AUGGCACCAUAUGAAGCACUGUACGGGCAAAGAUGCCAAUCUCCUUUAUGCUGGUACGGACCAGAAGAGAAAGGCUACUUAGGACCGGAGUUAGUAAGACAGACCACGGAAGAUAUCAAGAGGAUAAGAGAGGGAAUGCACACCGCCCAAAGUCGACAAAAGAGUUAUGCAGAUCAACGAAGGAAACCCCUCAAAUUUCAGGAAGUCGAUCACGUAUUCCAAAAAAUCACCCCCACCACCGGGGUAGGGAGGGCUCUUAAGGUACAAAAACUAAGCCCCCGGUACCUGGGUCCAUUCCAAAUCCUCCGGCGUAUAGGAAAGUCGGCAUACCAUCUUGCCCUACCACCAAAUCUAUCAAGACUACAUGACGUGUUCCAUGUGUCCCAACUCCGAAAAUACCAGCACGAUCCAAGCCAUGUGUUGCAGCAAGAGGAUGUAACACUCAAAGACGACUUGACUUUUGAACUACCAGCCAUAGAGAUUGUAAACAGAAGCAUGAAGCAACUAAGGAGCAAGACGAUACGACUGGUAAAGGUGGCAUGGGGUAGCGGCAAUUCCAGAGACUACACAUGGGAAAAAGAGGCAGACAUGAGACAGGAGCUCCCGGACUUAUUUACAGAAAGCGGCCACCUAAGGUGGUACACCUCGAGUCCGACUCCGAGGCCGAGGAAGAGGAAAUCCGACGACCCUGGCCAGAAGGAAGACACCAUGGAGGAGGAUCCAGAGGAGGAGUUGAACCCUUGCGGAAGUCCAAAGGUGGAAUACGUUCCCCCACUUCGGCACCCCGUCGAGUUUUGGUUCAUCCCACGCAACGGAACCGGGUCUUCACUGCGCGAAAGGGUGUUGGAGGGAGACCCCUGGUACCUCGAUUCAUAA